AUGCGUUUCACUACUGGCAUACUUUUUCUAUUACUCUUUACUCUUCUACUUUUAAUAUCAACAACGGAAAAUGUUCUAUCAUUAGACUGGCUUGUUGAUAAAGUCCCCUUUGAAACAACAUUGAAGAAGACAAAUCGGGGUACAUUAGUGUUGUCGAAUGCUUUAGUUUCCCGUGAAUUUUUACUUGAGCCUGAUUUUGCUACGAUUGAUUUUCGUGAUAAUCAUACAACAAAAUCGAGCCUUCUUCGUUGUGUGAAGCCAGAAGCGAUUAUUACAUUAGAUGGAAUUGAAUAUCCAAUCGGCGGUGUGCUAUCAAACGCUCAUUGUGCCUAUUUUAAUCGUACAUUAUUUUGGACAAAUAAAACAAAAGAUCCAAUGGCGUUCCAUUUUAAAUCUUAUGAUGUGCUACAACCACAAGCUCCAUUCAAAUAUACACCGAAACGUCAUGCUCCAUCGGAUAUAGUUUGGCCACCGAAAGGAAUUCAUUUAAAAGUUUAUUUUCAAGCACCAUGGUAUGCUCCCAUGCCACAUCAAUACGUUAUUGUCAGUGUAAACUAUGAAAUGUACGAUGGAAUACCGUUGAUUGUGAAAUGGUUAGAAGUUAUAGAUGUAGAACAAGCAGGUGAUGUAGAUUUAUCAUUUAUUUCAGUUGAACUUUUAGCCGUGAACUUGCCAUGGUCACCCAUGGGUCAUUAUUGGCUGUAUGCAGAAACUAAUCAACCUGGUGGCCAUGGUACAAAUGUGCUAUGGAAUUGGGAUACAGAGUUAUGGACAGUUCCUGGUUCAUUGCCAGUUCUUCUUAAUUGCACAUAUGAAACCGAUCAUCCAAUUAUUAUUCCCUUAAAAGGUCGUAUAACUUCAUUUCGCGUCCAUGAGCUUGUGAUCGCUUCAAGCGAUCCAGAGCGUGUCGGAUUAUCAAAGCACCGUCUCGUUCGAUUACUGGCACCACAUACACAAGAAAAUCCAAUUUUUUUUCACAUGAUUGAUUCAUCAUCACCAGCAUUUCGUAAGGCAAUUGAUCAAUUGGCAGAAGUAGGCUUUGAAAUGUUGAUUUAUAGUUUUUGGUCUGGUUUCAAUAUGGAAAGUGAUGAUGAGAAAUAUAUCGAAGAAAUAUCAGGCAAGUUAGAAACUGAUAUUGCGUAUGCAAAUUCAAAAGGAAUUGAAGUGGGUGGCUACGAUCUUAUUGCGUUAACCCGUCAAGUGCCGGUACAAUGGAUGGCCAUCGAUCCCAAUACAGGUUAA